CAAAGAGAAAGAAAGAACAUGAAGAUGUUUUUAUUAUUUUAGCACCUUUAUUACUUUAACUGAUCUCUACUGUAGAUUAUGUCAUCAGUUACUAUAUCCAGGAAUAGGCCGACUUAAAUUAGUCAGCGACAUUGGGGUCAUGUGAGAGGGUGGAGCUGGUAGGAUGAACGUAUAUCAGCUAUUCUUGGUGACUAGAUGUCUAGAUGUGAAAGGGUAUGAACACCAACAUGCUUGUCAUAGAAAGGAGAAGGAUCAUCCCUGAGUCGGUCUUCAGUCUGAGUGGAAGAUCUACUCUGGUAUUCAUGCUUUUGCUGUUUGGACAAGUUGCAUCUGAACAUCUAGUCACUGGCAUUAUAGGAGAAUCUGUUCUGUUACCCUGUGACCUGAAUUUAUCCAUCAACCCAGCAAGACUCCGGUUCCAUUGGCAAGAUCAUUCAGACGUUGUGUUGUACUCUUUCAACGCAAGAGUUGAGCAAGAAUAUCAGAAUAAACUUUACACAAACAGGACUAACGCCUUUCAGGUUGAGAUGAGUUCUGGAAAUAUCUCUAUCGAACUCAGGCAAGUAACACCUCAAGACAACCAGAAAACCUACUGGGCUUUCGCGUUGCUGUUCGACAGAAAUGAUCAACCUAUCCAUUUCACCAAAGUGUGUCAGACUACUCUGCUUGUCGCAGCACGGUUUCCGACACCCAAAUUGACUGUGAAGUACAAAGUGAUGAAUGCAAUGUGUUUGACCCAGGGAGGCUACCCCAAACCAAAAGUCACAUGGACUAUCCAGGACCUCUCUCAGCCUCAGAACGGCACUCUGGAACCCAGGGAAGUACAGACCAACUUUACACUUGAUCCUGAAAGUGGACUGUACACUGUCUGGAGCCAAGUGAAUUUCACAAAGAAUUACAUAGAUAAUCAUUCUGUGACCUGCCAGGUGUUCAACCCCGUUCUGAGAGAGACUGUGAGCAACACAACCAUCAUCCGCACAAGUGAAGGCCUUUCUCUCAGUGCUAUUCUAGGCAUUACACUAGGCAUCACACUAUUGAUGCUGAUUUGCGUCGGGGGAAUCAUUUUUGUUUACAAACAAUGUAAGUUACAAUUUCAGGAUUUUUAUUACCAUAAUGAACAUGGAUCCAGUACUGUAUAAAGACACCCCAUCUGUAAAUACUCUGUUAGUGACAAAUCUAAGGAUAUUACAUCGAUUUACAUUCAACGAAGUGCUACCAACUCCCAAUCACACGAUAACGGCAAACCUGGGAUAGCUAUAGACAUAACUAUGCUUUGUGGAAAAUAACUAUUUUUCCUUUGGCACAAAUACUUACUUUGAAAGUGACUACAACUACUUGAAUAAAGAUUCCAACAUUUUUUCGGAAACUAUAGGAUUAGCUGCCUUCAACUAAUGGCAGGGCUGCAUCUGCAUGUUGAAGAUAGAAAUAGAAUCAAUAGAGCGCACACAAUCUCCUAUACUAUUCCAAUCUAUCUGAUAGUCAUACUGUAUUUGAUCUACACAAUACAUUUUUAUCUGAACAUUCUGUUAAUGCCCAUUCUCCAAAAUAUCCAUUGCUCCAGGUGUACAUAAAGGCAAAACAUUUAACAAAUGAUAUUUGAUAAAGUAUAAAUAAGUUGUGACCCUCAACUACUUUAUGACUCUUUCAACAUGCCACUGAAAAGGUUGAAAGCUGCAAUUAAUACUGCAGAGUAAUUUGAAGCCAAUUGCAAGUUGGAUAUUUACACAGCUAAUUCUCCAGUGUAAGAAAACAAACAAAAUUAACACAGAAUGUUAAAUCAACACUGCAAGUGUUGAGUCUGGACCCAUAUCAAAUUAUUUGUGUUAAGGGAUUUUUAUCAAUGACUAAUUACGUAUACAUUUCAAUCAGGACUGACUAUUCAGAAUACUAUUAUGUUACUCUAUAGAUGUAUGAAUUUUCUUUUAACCCUAGUACUGAAUAUAAUGUGUGUAAAUGUAAUCAAGAAUUAGAACAAUGACUGUCUGUUCCUUGGUAGAAAUGAAUGAACUUAUAGCGAGACUGGCUAGAAUGCUUAUCUAAACAGGCAGAUCUUGGUUCGGGUCGUAAAUUAUCUUAGUAGGGAGAGACGAUGUGGGAAGGCUUGAACUAUACAGCCAUUGUACUGGAGCGGCGAUGAGACUGGGUAGUACGAAAACUAAUGACGUCAUUUUCAGUUUAUAACCUGUGGUAAACUGUCUCAUGUUCAGUACUCUCGAGAAUAA